AUGUCUAGCGGAGAUAGUGCUCUUAAAUUUUAUCGCCUUGAGACGCAGUUGGAAGAACUUCAUCAACGGAUCAAUGACACGAUUGAGGCGAACAUUCGCGGCGGAGGAAUCAAUACUCUCAAUGUGCACCUGAAAGAACUCGAGACGAUAAUCGGACAGCUUUCGAUCAAGUCCAAGUCCGUCAACACUAGGCACCAUGGUAAACUCUUGAGCAUGAUCACAAAGUCUCGUCAAACUCUUCGCGCUGCUUCUGAGUCCUGGCCGGAAUCCGACGUCUUCGCACAUCGUCUGUCAGAUCUCUCGUGGCUGAUAAGCGCGAAAGCAUCUUUGCAGAUUCUUGCGGAGGUAUUGAAGAUUUUCUCCGAUAACGUUUUUCGCAUAAAUGAAGAGCUGAAAUACUGGGAGGGCGUGCUACAGUUUGAUUGGUGUGUCUGUCUCUAUGCCUUGCAGAUAUCGCCAUAUAGGAUGUGGCAAAGGUGCAUAGCAUCUGGUUGCGAUGACAGCAAACGGACCGCGUUGGGACGGGACGCGGAUGAUCGCGACGCCCGGAUUGGAUCCAGCCCGAGUACGUGGUUGCGAUUCUAUACUUCGGUUCAGCGAUGUGUUUCCCCAACGCCAAGCUCCUACAAACUUGGGCCGUUUCUUACUUUGAGCGGACCGAAGUUGGAGAUACAAGCGAGGAGGAGAAAGCUUAAAGCCAUGCGAGACUUCAAUGCUAGCGCUGUAGGCCUUCUUUGUGAAGAAUGUCUAUCGUUUGAGACCGGCCUCCACGUGGCCGAUGGUGGGAUUAACGAUGGUGGCCUGCGCCAACGAGUACGGACUACUGUCGACCUACUCGGAUCGAUCCUACAAUGCCCCAGCGACGAGUUUGUGGCAUUCGAGCAUUUCGGGGGCAAUACUCUGGCCUCCAACCAGGGUGAGGGAGGACUCGAUCUCCUCGAGCCUCAGGCCAUCCUUCAGGGACUAAAUCAUAUCAUUGCAGACACUCUUCCACUAUAUAAACACGCGACAGCUGGUAGUAUCGUUGGACUUGGCCGCCCUCCAGUUGCAGUCCGGUAUUGGUUACCCCUUUCGUUGGCUAUGAUUUCGGCCACCACAUCAUUGAGAAUCGCGAGACAUGUUGGUCCCGUUCUAGCCGAAGCGGUUUCAAACUUUGGAGCAACUGCGCUCGAUUUCUGGAAGAACUGGGUUCUAGACCCUAUAUGGAAACUUGUGCGGACUAUACGCCAUGACGACAAGAGCGAGAUUGCUUUGAUGAGUAAAAACAGUCUAGAAACCGACCGGGCAAGCCUUGAGAGGAUGGUGGUUGACUUUGUACUCGAUCGUGACGAGCAGAACUAUUACACUUCAUCUGCCGAUAUAAUUGCAGAUAAAGUUAGGGAGGGGGAUCUAACGCCAGUGCUGAGGGCCUACGAGAAGGACCUGCGCAGUCCUUUUAUAGGCACAUUCCGAGGCGACUUGGUGCGCGCUCUCUUGAUCCAAAUCCAGAAGACCAAAGUCGACGUUGAGGUAGCGAUGAGUGGCAUUGAUGCCUUACUCAAGAGCCAGGAACUGGUCUUUGGUUUUGUUGGUCUAACCCCCGGGCUUCUCAUAACCUACGCCUCAAUACGCUGGGUUCUUGGACUUCUCGGUAAUCGAAGGGGUUUCAGAAUGGGAAGGCGACAGGAUGACAUGCGAUAUGCUUUGCGGAAUAUUCAUCGUAUUCUAUCAAGUUCUAGUCCUACAGAAGAAGGGCGCCUUGACCACAAGAACCAUGGCCUAUUGAUAUGCAAUGCUGGGAUCCUCAUUGGUAAGGGUCAGACUAUGCUUAAAGGAGAAGACCUUCGUUUAUUCCAGGAGGAUGUCGAUGAUUUAGUCAACGAAAAUCGAGCUGAUAAACAGCUUCGGGUAAUCCAGAGGAUGGCUUGGACGUACUCGAAAUGGACUUGA